GGAGCUGCCCGUCUGUCUGCACAGGGAUCAGGACACAGAACCAGAACCUGCUCACUGGACCUGCCUGCUCCUUCAACCCGGAUCUGACUCUUUCCAGGGGACACUGGGACCUAAAACUGGGAAUCUCCACCCAAGAUGACAAGCCUGGCUGGAGCUGUGCCAAGAAUGAUGAGACCAGCUCCGGGACAGAACUACCCCAGGACCGGAUUCCCACUAGAAGUAUCCACUCCUCUAGGACAAGGCAGAGUGAAUCAGCUCGGCGGUGUGUUCAUCAAUGGCAGGCCUCUUCCCAAUCACAUCAGGCAUAAGAUAGUGGAGAUGGCCCAUCAUGGCAUCAGACCUUGUGUCAUCUCACGACAGCUCAGGGUGUCCCAUGGCUGUGUGUCCAAGAUCCUGUGCAGGUACCAGGAGACAGGAUCCAUCAGACCUGGAGCCAUCGGAGGCAGCAAACCCAAGCAGGUGACCACUCCAGAUGUGGAGAAGAAGAUUGAAGAGUUUAAACGAGACAACCCGGGUAUGUUCAGCUGGGAAAUUCGAGAUAAAUUACUUAAGGACGGAGUUUGUGAUCGCAAUACCGUUCCUUCAGUCAGCUCCAUCAGUCGCAUCUUGAGGAGUAAAUUUGGGAAAGGUGAGGAUGAGGAUGACCUGGAGAGGAAGGAGCAGGAGGAGCAGGAGAAGAGGACAAAGCACAGCAUAGAUGGGAUCCUGAGAGAGAGAGCCCCCUCUUCGCCUCAGUCCGAAGAAGGUUCUGAUAUUGACUCUGAACCAGACCUUCCUUUGAAGAGGAAACAACGUAGAAGCAGAACCACAUUUACAGCUGAGCAGCUGGAGGAACUGGAGAGAGCUUUUGAGAGAACUCACUACCCUGAUAUUUACACUCGAGAAGAACUGGCUCAAAGAGCAAAGCUUACUGAGGCACGAGUACAGGUAUGGUUUAGUAAUCGCCGUGCCAGGUGGAGAAAGCAAGCAGGAGCCAAUCAACUAAUGGCAUUCAACCACCUGAUCCCAGGGGCAUUUCCACCUGCAGGCAUGCCAGCUUUGCCAACCUACCAGUUAUCGGAGACAUCGUACCAGCCUACUUCAAUACCGCAAGCUGUCUCUGACCCUAGCAGCACCUUGCACAGGCCUCAACCUCUCCCUCCGAGCAGUGUUCACCAAAGCAGCCUUCCUUCAAACCAUGAGAACAGCUCGGCCUACUGCCUGUCCAGCGGCCGCCAUGGAUUUUCCAGCUACACAGACAGCUUUGUACCCCCAUCCGGGCCUUCCAACCCCAUGAACCCCACCAUUGGCAAUGGCCUUUCACCUCAGGUAAUGGGUCUUCUGACUAACCAUGGUGGAGUACCUCAUCAGCCUCAGACUGAUUAUGCCCUAUCUCCUCUAACCGGGGGCCUUGAGCCUACCACUGCUGUAUCAGCAAGUUGUAGCCAGAGACUAGAGCACAUGAAGAGUUUGGAUAGCCUAUCAACAUCUCAAUCAUACUGUCCGCCAACCUACAGCACAUCAGGAUAUAGCAUGGAGCCUGUAACGGGAUAUCAGUAUGGCCAAUAUGGACAGAGUGCCUUUCAUUAUUUGAAACCAGAUAUCGCAUAGGAUGACUGUCCCUCUGAUGGUGUUAUCUCCAAAAGUUUAGAGAAGAUAAAUACUCUCAUCAAUUUGUAGCUUAAACUGGAGCUCAACUACAAAAUAAACAAAAAGACAAUUACUGCUUCUCUAAAAGUGAAGUGCAAGAUGGGAAAUGCCACCAUCCAGAUUGCUGUUCAGGGCAAAAUUGGAUAGCUUGUGUGUCUGCUGAAAGGUGUCAUCCGGCCUUACAAAACGAGCAUCCACAUCUUGGGUAGAGGUCACCAACUGUUUAUGAAUCCACACAGCUCUGGAUAACAAGUUACACCUUUUUCCAAGUCCCAGAUGAACUACUCAACACAGUACACCAUCGUAGAAUCCAAACCAAUGCCAAAAAUACUGAUGGUGACAAGGUUUUUGGAGCAAGUUGGGAGGAAUUCAAUUUUAACUUUCUACCCGGUUUAAUAGCACAGUGAUGGACUAGGGUACGAAGACUUUUAUGUUGCAAAUGACCACACAAAUGGGCAAGGAACAAGGAAACUCUGGGCCACAUGAUGCCCUGUCUUGAAGAAGUGCUGUCAUUUUGCGGCUUGAAUUGACUGUGUGGAUAACAUUCCAGUUUUUCAUGUAAUUAUUAUGAAGUGGAUUUAGCCACUUAAAAUUUAUGCUUGAUCUAAAUAGAAAAAAAAGUUUAUAAAGACUUAACUAGAAUUAACACCCAACAUUUAAGAACUCUGAGAUGCAUUUUGGAGUAAUACAUUUAAAAAAAAUCAAAAGGAUGAUCCAGCACCAAAUUUGGACUAAAUU